AUGCAGGGACCUUCAGGUAAGCGUUGUUCACUUGUCUGGGUACUUAACUCCGUUGUGCAAGUUAGUACAACACCUUAGAGGGUCAUCUCUUCGAUGUAUUUUUUUGGCAAUACUGUGAUAUCAGAUGAGCAUUCUUUGCACAAGGGUUGGGGUGAGUAAGCCUACCUUCAGUUCAGUGUGGUAGCGGACCGUUCAUAGCUUAGCCUGCGUAGCAGGUGUCUAAAAUGGAGGGGGAUUGGGAAGAGAGGCACCUUCUUUUUUCCCUUUUGUGCUUUUCUCCCCCUCUCCUCCCCUUCCCUUUUUGCGCCUACCCGACACGCAGGCUAUUCUUUAGGAGGUAACCUUCUACGCAGAUGUUCUUAGGGCUUCUUCAUCCGGUGGAACUCGUGACGAAGUCCUUAGAACGUCUGCGUGGGUGGCUAAUUACCCCAGUAUCUGUGGUGGAACUGCUAACCUACCCCUCCCCCUAAGCAAACAUUUUGCCCUAAGUGAGAAGUUUUAAUAUUGACUUAAUGACCCGUAAUAGUGAAAUAUAUGAAAAAGAACCUCGAUAUAACGAAACCUCUCUGUAGCGAACCAAUUUUGCCAGUCCCUUGGCCGUUCGUUAUGUCGAGGCUCCACUGCAGCAAAAUUCCUACGGGCAGGGAUCAAACAAACUAAUUUUGGAAUCGGCUUAUCCUAUUUUCUUUUACGUUAGAUAAUAUCACACUACCUGUAGCAAGGAAUACCAUUCCCCGUACAAAUAGAGCUGAUGAACGAAGCAAUAGACUAGUUGGACAGUGUAGUAUUCCGGGGCCGUCACCAGAUCACGCUUUUGCGGCAGCAUCUAAUGCUGCCGCAACCACACCUUCAAAGGGAAGUUCGUCGAAAGAAGCGCCACACAGAAAAGAAAAAUUUGUGAGAGGUGACUCCUUUCCCGACAGUGAUGUUUCGGUAAACCAAGAUCAGAGGCAGAUGACAGAAUCAAACCAAACAACGAGAGUUGUCGGACACAGCUAUCAACACAGAGUUGGUGACGGUGUGGGUAGCGAGAACAGAAGUAAUGCAGCACAGAAUAAAAAUAGUUGUGUUGUACCAAUUGAUUCCGAUCCCGGGGAAGACACAAAGGGAAAGAAAAGGUGCGAUAAGGAUUGUAAGAUCAUGUGA